UGUUCUUCAUACGUUUCAUUCUCAGUAUCCGAAACUAACAGAAAUUACGCCUCUCUCUGUCUCUCUUUUUCGCACGAGAACAAAACCCUAAUUUUCUUAUCACAACAAGACUCAAACCCCGUUUAACAUUCAAACUUCAUCUCCCACUAUAUAUAUUACCGUGGAACUUGUAUUAUUCUCUUCUGGGAAAACGCAUUGUUUGGAUUGCGAAUAUAAUACUAGGCGGUUAUUAAACGGUUACGUUUUUGGUAUAGUCAGGCAACAAUCAAUCAUUCAUUAGCAGGUUAGGGUUAGUUCUAUUCGAAAUCUGUCUCUCUCUACAACUUUCCCUGUAUUUUGUUGAGCAAAUAUUUCGCUGUUCAAACCCUAAGACCUGAACUUACGUAUAAUUCGUUUGUUGUUUUUUUUGUUUAUAUAUAUCUGCCUACAAUAACCUACACUCAUAAACUGUGUAUGUUUUAGGGUUUGUCUUUUUUUUUUUUUUUUUUUUUUUUUUUUUUUGGUUCUGGUUUUUUUUUUUUCUUUCUAAUUUUGCCGGUUUAUGGGUGUGAAUUAACGUCAAGGAAUAUUGGGUAUUCUUUCAUUGUUGCUACUCAUUGAUUGUCGUUUUCCCAUAAGGCUUUGGUGUUUUUGAAGAGAUGAGGGUCUAUUGAGUGUGGUGUUGCUUUUUUCUGUCUGCAAAUCCAUCUUUGAUUGAAGAUGAAAGCAUAGAGGCUAGAGAGAGAUAGCUUUUGGUAAAAUUCCGUCAAGUCAUGCCACUUUUUGUUGCCAUUGUCUUUGUUUCCGUACUCUGGUUACAGGCUUGUGUCAGAAUUUGCUUCUGUUAGUUUUUUGUAUUGAGUAAAAUCCCGUUGACUUAUAUUGUACCUGCAAGUGAAUUUAGAGCGUUUUGUGGUUAACUGGUGACUGACUUCAUUGGUUGCUUGGUCAAUUGUUGGUGGUUGUGAAACAAAGUCGGUAUUUUAGGAGAAAAGAAGGAUAGAAUUAGGGUUAGAAGGUAGUAACUUUCUAGAGAAGGAUAAUAUUCUGUUGGGAAGGGGUGGUGAAGAAGGUGAGCGAAGUGCAUCUCUUGUUAUAUUUGAUGAUGUUCAGUGCUCCUAAUGGAAAGAAGUGAACCUACAUUAGUUCCAGAAUGGUUGAGAAGUACUGGAAGUGUUACUGGCGGUGGCAGUUCAGCCCACCACUCCGUGUCAUCAUCUUCUCACUCAGAUGGAACUUCAUCUGUACAUCAAAUGAGAAGUAGGAAUACUAAGAGCAUAGGUGAUUUUGAUAGCCCUCGUUCUUCCUUUUUGGACCGGACUUCUUCGUCGAAUUCACGGAGGAGUUCUAGUAAUGGUUCUGCUAAGCACGCAUAUAGUAGUUUUAAUAGAAGUCAUCGUGACAAGGAUCGUGAGAGAGAUAAAGACAGGUUGAGCUAUGGGGAUCCAUGGGACCGUGAUUCUUCUGACCCUUUAGGAAAUAUCUUAAGCAGUCGGAUUGAGAAGGAUACCUUGCGGCGCUCUCAUUCAAUGGUUUCAAGGAAACAGAGUGAGAUCUUGCCCCAAAGGGUUGCGGUGGAUUCAAAAAGCAGCAGUAAUAGUAGUCAUAUCAACGGAAAUGGUGUGCUGUCUGCAGGUAGUACUGGCAGUAACAUCAAGAAGUCUGUAUUUGAGAAAGAUUUCCCCUCACUUGGAUCUGAAGAUAGGGGAGUGCCUGAUAUAGGAAGAGUCUCAUCUCCUGGUUUGAGCUCAGCUGUUCAGAGUUUGCCUGUUGGUAGUUCAGCUUUAAUUGGUGGAGAGGGGUGGACCUCUGCUCUGGCAGAGGUGCCCUCCAUAAUUGGAAGCAGUAGUUCUGGAUCUUCUUCGGCUCAAACUAGUGUAGCCUCUACAUUGUCUGGGCAGCCCAGUGCAAUGGCUGGUCUUAACAUGGCUGAAGCAUUGGCACAACCUCCAGCGCGGGCUCGUACUUCUCCUCAGUUAUCUGUCAAGACACAAAGACUUGAGGAAUUGGAAAUUAAGAAGUCAAGGCAACUAAUACCAGUGACACCCUCAAUGCCUAAGGGUUUGGUUCAUAGUUUCUCUGACAAAUCAAAACCAAAAACUGUUGUUAGAGCUGUUGAGAUGAAUAUGGCUUCAAAGAAUGGGCAGCAGCUGCCUUCUUCAUUGCUCCAGGCCAGUCAAUCUCUUCUUGGUGGAAAUGUGAAGUCUGAUGUGUCAAAGUCAUCUCAUGGGAAGCUCUAUGUUCUCAAACCUGCAUGGGAAAAUGGUGUCUCCAAUCCUCCAAAGGAUGUUGCUAGUCCCACAAGUAAUGCCAACAGCCGAGCAGCCAGUAACCAGCUUGCUGUUGCUCCAUCGGUGGUGUCAGCUCCUUCAAAGACGCCAAACAACCCCAAGCUUUCCUCUGGGGAGCGGAAGGCCUCUACCUUGAAUCCAAUUUCAGUAUUCCCUGUGGAAAGGAGACCCUCCUUGUUACAAACUCAGAGCAGACAUGAUUUCUUUAAUCACCUAAAGAAGAAAACCUCAGUGAACAGUUCUGCUCUCCCUGGAGAUUCAGGCUCUGAUAUCUCAUCUCCCACUGUGGAGAAAUCUGGAGAAGUACUGAAGGAAGUAGUUGGUGCUCCUGUCAGUCAUGCAACUGAUAAUGGUGUUGAGGUGACUGUCAAUGGUGAUGCCCAUGAAGAGGCUCAGAGAUUUUCGAAAGUGGGAGAGAAGAGUGUGAGCUGCUAUCCAACAGUGGAUCCAGAUGAGGAAGCUGCAUUCCUUCGUUCACUUGGGUGGGAGGAAAACUCUGGAGAGGAUGAAGGCCUUACAGAGGAGGAGAUCAAUGCCUUCCUUCAGGAGUACAAGAAAAGAGGUGGACAGUUGAAGCUGCCUGACUUUCAUGCGACCGGUGUUGGUGGUGCUUCUUCUGAAUUGAGCUCAUCUGACUCUGGAACUGAGGCCUGAUUAACUAGUUUUCUUACGUAAUAGAUCCAAGAAGUUCCAAUUUUUUAUGGCAGAUGGGUAGUUUCUUCUUUUUCCUAUUUUUAUUUCUCUUUUGUUUGAAGAAAAGCUGAUGAGUUGGGUAGAAAGAACGGUGGGUCAUGGGUGGAACUGCAUUUUGCAAAUAGUGCAAUAGUUUCAGAUGCCCCAAUCCUGCCUUCAUAAACAGGGGGAGUUUUUUAGGUUUCAGGGUUGUUUUGGAGAGGGUGGAUAGGGCCUGUUUUGUCUGCAGUGGAAGAUGCUUGGAGAGUUGCAUCUUUUGGGGUAUUUAGUUCUUUUCUUCCUUUUACUUUUCGAGAGGGGUUCGAUUCUACAAGAAAGAAAAGAAAGAAAAAGCUUAUGGUGUUUUUGGUCAAUUUUACGGAAAAAGGAAAUCAAAGAAGUUUCAUUUUUAGUUUA